UUGUUAAUUCCCUUUUCCCUUUCUUCUGAUUCCAAUUCCCAUUCCCUUGGACUUCGCGGGUCCUAUCGCCAAAACGUUUUUUUCUCUCCAUUUCCCCAUUUCUUCGUACAAACACACAAACACCUCUCUCUCUCUCUCUCUCUCUCUCUCUCUCUCUCUCUCUCUAGCAUUUGCGCAAUCAUGAUGAGAAAACCUUCUCAUCUUUUCUGAUUCUUCAAGUUGUUUACCAUUUUCAUCGAAACAACAUGUCUGGUUUCGUGGGUGUCCUUGUUUCUGAUCAGUGGCUUCAGAGCCAGUUCACCCAAGUCGAACUGAGAACCCUCAAAUCCAAGUAUGUCUCCGAAAGAACUCAAUCAGGACGUGUUACUGUCGGAAAUUUACCACCUAUUUUUAAGAAAUUGAAGACUUUCACUCAAGUUUUCACCGAGGAUGAGAUUAAAGCUAUCUUGGCAGACUCAUAUCACAACAUGGAUGAAGAAAUUGACUUUGAAUCCUUCCUUAGGGCACAUUUAAAUUUGCAAACUCGAGCCACAGCCAAAGAUGGUGGUUCAAAAAGUACUUCUUCAUUCUUGAAGGCGGCUACAACUACUAUUCAUCAUGCUAUUAAUGAAUCUGAGAAAGCUUCUUAUGUUGCGCAUAUUAAUAGCUACUUAGCUGAAGAUAAAUUCAUGAAGCAGUUUCUUCCUAUUGAUCCUUCGACCGAUGCAUUGUUUGAUCUUGCAAAAGAUGGAGUCCUUCUCUGCAAGCUUAUUAAUGUUGCUGUUCCUGGGACCAUUGAUGAGCGAGCUAUUAACACAAAACGGGUUCUUAAUCCUUGGGAGAGGAAUGAGAACCACACCCUGGGUCUAAACUCAGCAAAGGCUAUCGGGUGCACAGUGGUUAAUAUUGGAACACAGGACUUUGUUGAAGGAAGACCACAUCUGGUACUUGGUGUGAUUUCACAAAUAAUCAAGAUUCAAUUGUUAGCUGAUCUCAAUCUGAAGAAAACUCCUCAACUUGUGGAAUUGGUGGAAGAUGACAAGGAUGUGGAGGAGCUUAUCAGUUUACCACCUGACAAGGUUUUACUGAAAUGGAUGAAUUUCCACUUGAAGAAAUCUGGAUAUCAGAAAGAAGUUACAAACUUCUCUUCCGAUGUGAAGGAUGGCGAGGCUUAUGCUUACUUGCUUAAUGCUCUUGCUCCAGAAGUUGCAGGUCCAUCUUCCUUGGCCAUCAGUGAUCCCACAGAAAGGGCAAGUAUGGUUCUGGAGCAGGCAGAGAAAUUAGAUUGCAAGAGAUACCUCACUCCAAAAGACAUAGUGGAGGGGUCUCCUAAUCUUAACCUUGCAUUUGUUGCUCAAAUAUUCCAGCAUAGGAAUGGCCUUACAGUUGACAGCUCGAAAGUGUCCUUUGCUGAGAUGAUGACUGAUGAUGCACAGACAUCUCGGGAAGAAAGAUGCUUCAGACUCUGGAUUAACAGUCUUGGAAUUGCUACUUAUGUCAAUAAUGUUUUUGAGGAUGUUAGAAAUGGAUGGGUUCUAUUAGAAGUUCUUGAUAAGGUUUCACCUGGAUCUGUCAAUUGGAAGCUGGCGACAAAGCCUCCUAUAAAGAUGCCGUUUCGUAAAGUUGAGAAUUGCAACCAAGUUAUAAAGAUUGGGAAGGACCUAAACUUUUCCUUAGUAAAUGUUGCUGGUAAUGAUAUUGUACAAGGGAAUAAGAAGCUCUUACUAGCAUUUUUGUGGCAGCUGAUGAGAUUUACUAUGCUUCAACUUCUGAAAAACUUGAGAUCACACUCCCAAGGCAAAGAGAUCACUGAUGCUGAUAUAUUAAACUGGGCAAACAAUAAAGUGAAGAAAGCAGGAAGAACUUCUGAAAUGGAUAGUUUUAAGGAUAAGAGUCUUUCCAAUGGUAUUUUCUUCCUUGAGCUUUUGAGUGCUGUGGAGCCGAGGGUGGUCAAUUGGAGUCUUGUUACUAAAGGGGAGACUGAUGAAGAUAAGAAGUUGAAUUCAACAUAUAUUAUCAGCGUUGCCCGAAAACUUGGAUGCUCCAUAUUCCUGUUACCUGAGGACAUAAUAGAGGUCAACCAGAAGAUGAUUCUCACUUUAACUGCUAGCAUCAUGUACUGGAGCCUGCAGCAUUCUGAGGAAAACAGCACCCCAGAAGCAUCACCUGUAGCCUCAGCAGAUGGUGAAAAUGAUACUGAUUUAAUAAGCAGUGAGGUUUCCAAUUUAGCCAUUGAUGACAAUGAUUCAGAAAAUGCCAGCUCCUAAGUUGGAAAUGAAGAAAUCUCAUUAAAAACAAAGAAGCCUGUUAAACAGUUGAUGGAACCACAGAAUGUGUUGGGGAAUUCAUUUUUGUUUAAGAAACAAAAGCAAGAUGCCAACCUCUUGGUGCCUAGUAAAUGAGCUUAUGGUUUAUUAUGGAAAACCACAGUCCACAGAUUAUAGAAGGAUUUUGUAAAUUUUUCUUUUUGAAUGGUUUUGUACUUAGGCAUAUUCUUUGGUGAAAAUCGCAUGCAAUUUUUGCAUGGACUUCAUCUUAGUGAGUGGUUUAUUCUAUUUCA